AGGGAAUAGAGGUCACCCACUGUCUCCAAGCCUUAAGAUAGGGAAGCAGUAGCUAAAGAUGGAGAAGAAACCAAGGGACCAAUGCCCUGUACCUCUUACAUACUUUCCAUGUUAUGCCUGCCUGUGUUACGAGCAGGAUAGAAGACUGGUCCUUGUAAGUAGAGUGUGAUUAGAUUGUAUCGGAAGAAAAAAACUCAGCCCCUUCCUGAGAGUUCUCCAGAAUCUAGGUCCCUGGCCUUUUAUAAGGCAGCAUUUGGCUGGCAGAGCCUCUGGGUGGUGCAAAUAGUUAAGCUGUUGGCUACUAACAGAGAAGACUAGCGAUUCAAAUCCAUCCAGAGGCACCCGGGCCUGGUGAUCUGCUUCUGAAAGGUCGCAACCUUGAAAACCCUAUGGAGUGCAGUUCUAUUCUGAAACACAUGGGGUUAGCGUGAGCCAGAAUUGAUUGGACAGCAACUAUCUGACAUGCCCCUCCCUCCAUGAGCUUCUGGCCCCUCCCUGCCCUGGAGACCCUAGCUUCUCUGUCUCCUGAUGGUUCCUCUUUCCCCAACUCAGCAUUCCUCCAGGCAUCUGGCUUUUUUGGAUCGUACCCCAGGUGUUCGGAGUGCUCAGGCGCUCCACCUCUGCUGUCUGGCCUCUGGUUCACCUCCCCAGGCUGGGCUUGAAGGGACCAACCGAGCUAGGCCUCGGGGAUCCCCGGGCGGGCAGCGCCCCCUGGUGCUCGCGGCAGGGACUGCGCUGCAGAGUGAAGGAGAGAUCACCAGAUUCCUGUGGCCAAAGGAGGUGGAGCUGCUGCUGAAAGCCUGGCUGCCUGAGCAGGAGGGUGCUGAUCGAAGUCACGUCCUGGCACUGCUACGAUGGAGAGCCUAUCUGCUGCACACAUGCCUCCCCCUGAGGGUGGACUGCACAUUCAGCUACCUGGAGGUCCAGGCCAUGGCACUGCAGGAAACACCCCCUCAGGUCACCUUUGAGCUGGAAUCUCUGCCUGAGCUGGUCCUGGAGUUUCCUGGGGUGACCGCCCUGGAACAGCUGGCCCAGCACAUCACUGUGGCCAUCAAGAAGGUCUUCCCUCGCUCCGCCCUUGGAGGUCCCUUGCCCCUCUUCUUCACCCCCCUUCCCAGGAAGCUAUUCCGGAGGCCUACGCCCCCCUCGAUGCUGGCUCAGCUGGAGAGAAGCAGCCCCUCAGAGGCCACCACACCUGGCAGUCCCUGUGGCGGCUUCUUAGAGACCUAUGAGGCUCUGUGUGACUACAACGGCUUCCCCUUCCGAGAGGAGAUUCAGUGGGAUGUGGAUACCAUCUACCAUGGACAGGGCUGCCGCCAUUUCAGCCUAGGAGACUUUAGCCACCUCAGCAGUCGGGACCUGGCCUUGAGUGUGGCUGCCCUGUCCUACAACCUGUGGUUCCGGUGCCUGUCUUGUGUGGACAUGAAGCUGAGCCUUGAGGUCUCGGAACAGAUUCUGCACAUGAUGAGUCAGUCUUCCCACCUGGAGGAGCUGGUGCUGGAGACCUGUGGCCUGAGGGGAGACUUUGUCCGGCGGCUGGCCCAGGCACUGGCAGGAAACCCGAGCUCUGGGCUGCAGGAGCUCAGCCUGGCAGGGAACCUGCUGGAUGACCGAGGUGUGGCUGCACUCAGCAGACACCUACAACAGCGUCCAGGAGCCCUGAGGAGACUCAGCCUAUCUCAGACUGGGCUGACACCUCGAGGAAUGAGGGCCCUGGGCGAGGCACUGGCUACCAAUGUGGCCUUCGACUCUUCCCUGACCCACCUGGACCUUUCUGCAAACCCCGGGGCCCUGGGGCCCUCAGAAGACAAUGGAGGCCUCUAUAGUUUCCUGAGCCGUCCUAACGUUCUGACGUUCCUGAAUCUUGCAGGCACUGAUACCGCUCUGGACACCCUCUUUGCAGCGCUGUCCCGCGGCUGCUGUGCCAACCUCACCCACCUCGAAGCUUCGAGGAACGUCUUCUCCCGCACAAAAUUCCGCGCGGCGCCCGCCACGCUGCAGCUCUUCCUCAGCCGUGCGGGAGCGCUGCGGCACCUGGGCCUGGCCAGCUGCAAGCUGCCUCCCGACGCUCUCAGGGCCCUGUUGGAAGGCCUCGCGCUCAACACUCACAUAGGCGAUCUGCACCUGGACCUCAGUGCUUGUGAGCUGCGCUCCGCUGGCGCUCAGGUGAUACAAGACUUGGUGUGCGACGCGGGCGCCGUGAGCUCCCUGAAUCUGGCGGAUAAUGGUUUCGGCUCAGACAUGGUGACUCUGGUGCUGGCCAUCGGGAGGAGUCGGUCCCUGCGACACGUGGCGCUUGGGAGGAACUUCAACGUCCGGUGCAAGGAGACCUUGGACGACGUCCUGCACCGGAUUGUCCAGCUCAUGCAGGACGACGACUGUCCCCUGCAGUCUCUGUCUGUAGCUGAGUCGCGGCUGAAGCUGGGCGCCAGCGUCCUGCUUCGUGCCCUGGGCACCAACCCUAACCUGACAGAGCUGGACAUCAGCGGCAACGCCAUGGGGGACACCGGCGCCAAGAUGCUAGCCAAGGCUCUGCGGGUCAACACGAGGCUCCGGUGGGCGGGGUCUGUGGUCUGGGACCGGAACCACACGUCUGCGCUGGGCCUGCUGGACGUGGCACAGGCCCUGGAGCAGAACCGCAGCCUGAAAGCCAUGCCUCUGCCACUGCAUGAUGUGGCCCAGGCGCAGCGCAGCCGCCCAGAGCUGACAGCACAUGCAGUGCACCAGAUCCAAGCCUGUCUCUUGAGGAACAACCGCACAGACCCCGCCUCUUCUGACCGCGCCUUCCGUCUACAGCCACAGGGUCUGGUCUCAAACCCCUCGAAGCAGGAAGUGAACGAACUGUGUCAGUCGGUGCAGGAGCAUAUGGAGCUGCUGGGCUGUGGGGCUGGACCCCAGGGUGAAGCUGCUGUGCGCCAGGCUGAGGAUGCCAUCCGCAACGCCAACUUCUCUCUCAGCGUUCUCCCCAUUCUAUAUAAAGCUGGGAGUUCCCCAAGCCAUCACUGGCAGCUGCAGCAGAAGCUGGAGGUCCUGCUGGGACAGGUGGGCAAGGUCUGCCACCAAGACAUCCAGGACUUUACUCAGGCCACACUGGACACAACAAGGAGCCUCUGCCCACGGAUGCUGCAGGGACCCGGCUGGAGGGAGCAGCUAGAAGGAGUCCUGGCAGGCUCAAGUGGCCUCCCAGAGCUGCUCCCAGAGCAGCUACUGCAAGAUACCUUCAGUAGGCUCAGAGACAUGCGGCUCUCUGUCACAGAGACCUUGGAAGAGAGCAUUGUGGCUCAAGCUCUGGCGGGUCUGAAUGCAGCCCGAGAUCGACUGGUGGAGAGUCUGGCUCAGCAGGCAACAGUGGCAAUGCCCCCAACCUUAUCAGCACUGGAUGGAGGCGAGCCCACCCCCCUUGGGCCUGGGGAAUUGGAAGGCCUCUUCUUUCCGGAGAAGGAGGAGGGGGAUGACAGUCCUCCAUGGAAAUGGCCUGAGCCCAGCCUUUGUCUUCGCCUGGUCCCCUCCACUCACAGUGCUGCUGAGGAAGCGCAGCCGGAGCCCGAGCUGGCGGCUCCAGGGGAAGAUGCGGAGCCGCAGGCGGGGCCGUCUGCGCGCGGCUCUCCGAGCCCGGCCGCCCCGGGUACCCCCGCCGGCGCGCUGCCUCGCAUGGACCUGCCAUCCGCCGGGCAGCCCCUGCGCCAUCCGACCCGGGCCCGGCCGCGGCCGCGCCGCCAGCACCACCAUCGCCCGCCCCCGGGGGGCCCCCAGGUCCCCCCAGCCCUGCCACAGGAAGGGAACGGGCUCAGUGCCCGCGUGGACGAGGGCGUGGAGGAAUUCUUCUCCAAAAGACUGAUCCACCAGGAUCGCCUCUGGGCCCCCGAGGAGGACCCAGCCACUGAGGGAGGUACCACCCCUGUCCCCCGCACACUGCGAAAGAAGCUGGGCACCCUCUUUGCCUUCAAGAAGCCUCGUUCAGCGCGAGGGCCACGGCCUGACCUAGAGACCAGCCCUGGGGCAGCUCCCCGCAGCCGGAAAGCCACACUUGGGGACCUGCUGAGGCCACCAGCCCGCCCAGGCCGUGGUGAGGAACCUGGUGGGGCUGAGGUGGGCACCAGCAGCCCUGACCCUGCCCGCAGGAGCCGGCCACGCUACACACGGGAUAGCAAGGCCUACUCGAUGAUACUGUUGCCUGCUGAGGAGGAGGAGGCAGCACUGGGUGACAGACCUGACAAGCGGCGGCCCCUGGAGCGGAGAGACACAGAAAUGGCCCCAUCCUUUGAACAGCGAGUACAAGUGAUGCUGCAGAGGAUUGGUGUGAGCCGAGGCAGCGGGGGUGCCGAAGGCAAGAGAAAGCAAAGCAAAGAUGGAGAGAUCAAGAAGGCUGGUUCAGAUGGUGACAUUAUGGACAGCUCCACGGAGGCCCCUCCCAUCUCAAUUAAGUCCCGGACACACUCUGUGUCUGCAGACCCCUCAUGCAGACCUGGCCCAGGGGGCCAGGGGCCUGAGCCCACCUCCUGGAAGACUCUGGGGCAGCAGUUGAAUGCAGAGAUGAGAGGUCGUGGCUGGGGCCAACAGGAUGGUCCAGGCCCUCCCUCCCCAUGUCCCAGCUCAAGCCCCCGAAGGGCCAGCCCCUCCCCGGACAGCCUGGGCCUCCCAGAGGAUCCUUGCUUGGGCCUCAGGAAUGAAGACAGCCAGCUGAGGCCAUGGCCUCUCUCUGCAGGGCGACGAGCAGUGUCUGUGCACGAGGAUCAGCUCCAGGCCCCUGCUGAGCGGCCCCUGCGGCUGCAGCGCUCCCCCGUCCUCAAGCGCAGGCCAAAGCUCGAGGCGCCCCUGCCCCCAAGCCUUGGACCUGGCCCUGGAGCCGAGCCUCUGCCCCCACAGCCCACAGAGCCCUCCAGCCCUGAGCAGAGCCUACCCUCCCCUGCCAUAGACCAAAGAGGCGGCGGUCCCAACCCCUGACCCUCUCCCCUCCUGCCGCAUGAGAUUAUUUUAUU